ACACAAGACUACAAAAGACAGACAGACAGACAGACAGACAGAUAGAGAGAGAGAGAGAGAGAGAGAGAGAGAGAGAGAGAGGGAAAGAGAGCGUACGGCUAAAGUAGGGGCAAUGGCCUGCGAAGUCGCCGGAGACGGCGAGGACCGUUCGCCGGAGCUGCUGAAGUUGGUGCACGACGUCGUUGGGGUGUCCAUUGGUGGCGGUGCUUUCAAGAAAGACGGAACGGAUCUCGUCCGUCGAAUCGCCUUGCUUUCGCAUCUGUUCGAAGAGAUAAGGGACUUCAAAGGAACCCAUUUGAACUUUAUGCCGUUGGAUGCAUCGACUUCUUCUUCACCAUCUUCAUCUUCUUCUUCUGUUUCUUCGAAGGAGUCUUGGGUGACUGAUCUGGUGGUUGCUCUCCAAGCUGCUAAGCGUCUCCUUUUGGUCGUUGCCAACUUCCAUUCCGAUAAUGCCCCUCUUGAGGGAGCUUCCAAAAAGAUCGCCUUUCAAUUUCAAUGUGUGACGUGGAAAUUGGAGAAAGCGCUGGGUAAUUUACCAUAUGAUCAUUAUGAAAUCUCAGAGGAAGUUCAGGAACAGGUUGAUUUGGUGAGAGCUCAAUUAAAAAGAGCCACUGAAAGAUAUGGGUCUAUGAAUUCUAUGAAGAUAUCCUUUUAUCCUUCAUCCCAUCCUCUGGACAAAGAAAUUCAGGUUGAAUCGGGAAAAAUGGUACAUGGCUUGCAUAAAGAGAAUACUGGUAAUUAUGAUCUUGAAGUUACCGUAAAGCCGAAUGCUAUUCGGAGAACUGAAAGCCUGAAAAGCCAUAAUGUAGAUCAUCAGAUGAUUCAGAAAUCAGAAGUGCUGAGGACCUCUUCUUCAACUCCUGAUUUAUGUUCAACCAAUGACAAGGAUGCUGAUAGAAAAGAGAAUCCAGCUAGUAAAAAUCUGGAUGAAAUCAAGAAACCUGAUUCAUUAAUAAUUCCUGAUGAUUAUCUAUGCCCAAUAUCCCUGGAACUAAUGAGGGAUCCGGUUAUUGUGGCCACGGGACAGACAUAUGAGAGAUCAUAUAUACAGAGAUGGAUAGAUUGUGGGAACAAAACAUGUCCGAAAACUCAGCAAAAGCUGGAAAAUUUGACGCUAACUCCAAACUAUGUUUUGAGAAGUCUAAUUAAUCAGUGGUGUCAUACACACAAUAUUGAACAACCAACGGGAUUGACUAAUGGGAAAAUAAAAAAAAGUGACGGAUCAUUUCGUGAUGUUAGUGGGGAUAUAGCAGUAAUUGAAGCCCUGGUACACAAGCUGUCUAGCCGGUCGAUUGAGGAGCAUAGAGCUGCUGCAACUGAAAUCCGAUCACUGUCCAAAAGGAGCACAGAUAACCGAAUACUAAUUGCUGAAGCAGGUGCCAUACCUAUUCUGGUCAACCUUUUAACAACAGAAGAUGUGUUAACACAGGAGAAUGCAGUCACUUCUAUUCUUAAUCUCUCUAUUUAUGAAAAUAACAAGGGACUUAUAAUGCUAGCUGGUGCCAUUCCUUCUAUUGUCCAAGUGCUCAGAGCUGGGAGCAUGGAAGCCAGAGAAAAUGCUGCUGCAACCCUUUUUAGUUUGUCUCUUGCGGAUGAGAACAAAAUAAUAAUUGGUGCCUCGGGAGCAAUCCCAGCACUGGUGGAUUUGCUCCAAAAUGGGAGCACUAGAGGGAAGAAGGAUGCUGCAACCGCAUUAUUCAAUUUGUGCAUUUAUCAGGGAAACAAGGGGAGGGCUGUCAGGGCGGGCAUAAUCGCAGCAUUACUGAAGAUGCUCACAGAUUUUAGCAAUGGCAUGGUUGAUGAAGCUCUUACUAUUAUGUCUGUUCUUGCUAGCCAUCAAGAAGCGAAAGUUGCCAUUGUAAAGGCCGGCACUAUACCUGUAUUGAUAGAUCUAAUGAGGACAGGUCUGCCACGGAACAAAGAGAAUGCAGCUGCUAUUUUACUUGCCUUGUGCAAAAGAGAUACCGAGAACCUUGCCUCCAUAAGUAGGCUUGGUGCAGUCAUACCCUUGUCAGAACUCGCAAAGAGUGGCACUGAGAGGGCCAAACGGAAGGCUACUUCUUUGUUGGAACAUCUUCGAAAAUUACAGCAGGUCUAACAAGGUACAAUUGUACCAUGGAAUUUCAUUUGUUUCAUUUUAUUUUUUCAAUUUAUUCUCAACUAAUGUUACACUAUUUCUUUUUCUGGUGUGAAACUGAGAAUACAAGCUUGAGAUAAUAAGGCUAAGUCUCAACGCUUUUCUGUAUGUUUUUUUUCCCUUCUGCAAGAGUGUAUAAAUUCAUUUGAUACUUAUGUUUGUUACAAUAUUCUUUACUACAAUAAUUUCUUUUCCUGUCUA